AUGGUGAACCGGAAGGCAAAGAAGUCUUCACCCGCCCGUUCAUCCACCGCCGCAGGAGCUGCGGCUGCGGCGGCUCGUGUUGCGAAAGCUGAAACCCAGCGGGCACAACUGCUGGAAUGGUUGGAUGCAAAUGAUCCGUUGUAUGACCGCUCGGGUGCCCCGCCUCUUACGAUCAGCGAGGUGCUGUCGACAAAACUGGCCCACAAAACUUUUACGAAAGCCGAUGUGGGCGAGCGGCCGUAUGACUGGUCGAAACUGCGUGCUGUACUGGAAGCGAGGACGGCAAGCAGCCCACGUUGGUUCAUGCAAAUUCGUGAAGAGGACCUCCUUGUUGAAGGUGGGCUCGACGGCGUAACGGUCGACUGCGUGGUUAUUGCAGAAGCCAGUCAACCAACAUUGGCACCGGCGCACUACAUCGUGAAGCAGCACCUGCCUUUCAGUGAUUUGGAAGAUAAUGCACCAGAGCGCAUUUUGCCUAUAGAAGGACAAAAUAUGUACUGGAAGCGCGUAGUGAGAGAUGACGGUGCAAACAUUAACGCAUUCUUGUUACAGAAGAGAGAUCCCGCCUCAAGUGCACAGUUUGGUUUCAGCGGUGCCACUGCUUCGUCGGGGGAAAGCUCCAAAGCCCCCGUCGCCACUGGUGGAUUUGACUUUGGUUUCGGCAACGCACAGGCAUCAAGUAAUGGCAACAGCGGGGCCAAUGUAACCGGUAGCGGUGGUGUGACGAUUGCUUUUGGUUUUGGUACGGCAGUACCAACAGCUAAUAGCAGUUCAUCCACCGCUGUGGCACCCGCUAGCGGGUUCAACUUUGGAUUCGGUGCGGCACCCGUGGUGGACAGCAAUAAUGCUGUCAGUGGAAAUGGCAGUAAUAGCAGCAAUAAUGUCUUUGGUUUUGGAUCUGCCGUUAACAACAACAAAAACGCUAGUAAUAGUACUGGUAGUGGCCAUAGUCAACAAGGUCGGGAUUUCGAGCAGGUAGUUUCCCCACUUAAGGCGAAUGAAGUGCUUUUCGCGCUGUGGUCGACAAAGCGUUUGAUGGAGAUGUCAAAAUCUCUCAAGUCUGGAAGCCGUGUCGUUCGUGAAGGUUUCAAGCCAAACCCCGGCGCUUCACCCAUCAAACUUGUCAUACAAAAUGAUCUCAAAGAUGAUAUCGCGCAAACUGUAAGGCAAUUGGUUCUCAACAGGCUCUUUGCAAAGCGGUCUUCAAAGGUGAAAGCUGUGGACCAUUGGAUUGAUGCGUGCCCUGUAUACGAGGAUCACCUCGCUGCCGCCAUGCAGAAGUUCCGUGAGAACUAUGUGAAGGAAGUCGCCGAGUCCUCCGAUGAAUUUCACGACUUGUACAAGGAAUAUCAUGAACCAAUGGAAGCAGAACUCAGACGUAUUGUUGAGGGACGGAAGGCAGUGAUAACUCGUGAGCUGGAGCAAGCUGGAGAAAUCAUGCAACUAAUCAAGGAUAAAAAGAUAGCUGAAAAGCAGACUUUUCGGUUGCUGAAGUACUACGCAGCAAACGAUGUUAUGAAAUUCCGACCGUUUGGAAAGGUUAGUGGAAUAUCUGAAAUGGGAGAGUCAGCGGACGUUUGUGAACCGCCAGCGCCCGUCAUUGUGAACCCCUUCAUGACGAUGCAAUCAAAGCCCUAA